AUGAAAGAGAUGUUCUUUGCUGCUAUCCAAGCAUCUCAUUCAGACUGUGCGCGACAGCGGCGGCGGCCUAUCGCGAUGUCUCACCGGCGACGCUUUCUCCAUCUGAUGUGAAACACCGGUUUUAUGCAGGCUGCUUUCUGAUCGGUUCUGUAUCGGUGCGCUCGGUUGUUCUGUUAGUAGAAUGCGGGUCUCUCUGUGCCUCUGCCUCACUGUGUUUCUGCACCGAGCCUCUGCUGCUGGCUCUGAAGAUGCUGUUUAUAACGGAGAAAACAAUCGGAACAGAUUGAAGAGCGUCCUCGAACACAUCCAGAGUUAUGAGAUUACCUCUCCUCUGUGGCUGCAUCCUCUUAGGCACAUCAGAUCUGCCAUCAAAGAGCAUCCGGCAGAGGUCCAGGUUCUGAUCUCAGCUGAGGGCCAGCAGCUUAGAAUACACCUGGAAAAAAAUGAACAGCUGUUGGCCCCUGGGUAUCAGGAAAUCUGGUACACCCCUGAUGGAGCUCGCCAGUCCUCUUCUCCUGCCAGCACUGCAAAUUGUUUUUACCACGGCGAGGUUCUGGGCAUUGAAGGUUCCUGUGUUGCUGUCAGCACUUGUUUGGGGCUCAGGGGACUGAUUUCUCUGAACGCAAGCGUUAGCUACCUAAUAGAGCCCCUUCCUGAUUCCACGGAUGCUCAGCAGCAUGCUGUGUUUAGAGCCGAAAGUCUCCGUCUGCCCAAGGGAAGCUGCAAGCAUCACCAUGGCAACAAAGAGCACCAGGGCGGGCUAAAUGACUUCAUCCGACGAAUGGCGUCGCCACGGAGUGGGAGGGAGAAGAGGGAGGUGAUACAGAAUAUGAAGUAUGUGGAGCUUCUGUUGGUUGCAGACAGAGCUGAGUUCGAGAAGCAUGAAAGGAGUUUUGACAAGACGCGGCAGAAGCUACUGGAAGCAGUCAACUUGGUUGACAAGUACUACAAGGCUUUGAAUAUCCGCGUGGCUUUAAUCGGUCUGGAGGUGUGGAGCGACCAGGACAAUAUCAACGUGUCCAAUAACUCGCACAGCACCUUGGCAGCGUUUCUGUCCUGGAGACGAAAAAUGCUUAAAAUUCUUCCCAACGACAACGCUCAGCUUGUCACGGGGGUGCCAUUCCAGGGCAGUACCAUUGGCUUGGCACCGCUCAAAACCAUGUGCUCCGAAUACCAAUCCGGUGGGGUGAACACGGACCACUCACCACAGCCCGUUGGGGUCGCCGCCACCAUUGCACACGAGAUGGGGCACAACUUUGGGAUGAAUCACGACGGAGAGGGCUGCUGCCAGGCCAAGGCAGAAGAUGGUGGCUGUAUUAUGGCUGCUGCUACUGGGUCUCCGUUUCCCCGUGUGUUCAAUGCUUGCAACCUGAAGGAACUGAAAAGUUACCUGAACUCUGGAGGGGGCAAGUGUCUCUUUAACCUGCCGAACAUCAACUCGCUGUAUGGAGGGCAGCGCUGCGGCAAUGGUUACCUGGAGAAAGGAGAGGAAUGUGACUGCGGAGAGGAAGAGGAAUGCACCACUCCAUGCUGUAACGCCAACAACUGCACCCUGAAAGCUGGAGCUGAGUGUGCCCAUGGAGUCUGCUGCCAUAACUGCAAGAUAAAGAGCCCCGGAGAGCUUUGCCGAGCUACCUCUGGGCUGUGUGAUCUUCCAGAGUACUGUGACGGAAAGUCGGAGUCAUGUCCAGCCAAUUUCUACUUAGCGGACGGUACAUCAUGUGCACAUGGUCGGGCCUACUGCUACACGGGAAUGUGUCUAACCCAGGAGCAGCAGUGUCAGUCUCUCUGGGGGCGAGAUGCUCGCCCAGCCCCUGACCUGUGUUUUAAAGAGGUGAAUAAAGCGGGCGACAUGUACGGCAACUGUGGAAAAGAUCAAGAAGGAAAAUACAGGAUCUGUAGAGACAGGGAUGCUAAAUGUGGUAAAAUCCAGUGCACUGCUUCAGCUUCCAAGCCCAUUGAGAACAAUGCAGUUCGCAUUGAAACUACAGUCAAAGUGGACAGCAAGAAAACUGUGUGCCUGGGGACACACGUAUACAAGCCCGGCCAAGGAGACGAGGAGACGCAAGGUGACACUCUGGACCCGGGCCUCGUGAUGACAGGAACCAAGUGUGGCGAUAACUCUAUCUGCUUUAACGGAGAGUGCCGCAAUGCAUCGUUUCUGAGAGCGGAUGAGUGCAACUCCAAUUGCCACGGACAUGGACUGUGCAACAACAACCAUAACUGCCACUGCGACCCAGGCUGGGCUCCUCCUUGGUGUGACCAGAGUGGGUCAGGGGGAAGUGUGGACAGUGGACCUCCCAAGAGUCCAGGUGUUCCACUUCCAGUGCUGCUCCUCCUGGUUCUGUUUGUAGUUUUGGCUACAUUUGGACUUUGGUUCUGCUACAAACAUAGACUCAGCCCACUGAAAGCCUUUUCUCCACCACCGGUGCCAAAUUCUGUUGUGACCCUUAGAUGUUCAGAUACACCUGAAGGCAAACCUACGGAGACUGACGCUCAUGUCAUCGGUCAUGCUAACUCAACUUUCCUGGUGAAGAAGCAGGAUUCGUCUACACCUCAUCCGAGCUCGUCAUGCCCAGCUCAGCCCAGACAGGCAAUCUUUCGUCCGGUGGUGAAGCCCCCUCCCAUCCCCGCCUACGCUGCCGAGCAGAAAGAAAAGGAAAUCAGAAGGAAGCUGCAGGCCCCCUUCCCACUAGUCUCUUGUUCUCCUCAGAAGCAAACCUCUCCUCAGGGAUACACCCAGCCUCUCUUUAAGGCUGUUCAGGACACUGGACAGAGACCAAGCCAGGUGUCUCCAACAUUUCCAAUCGCUCCAUCCUUACCUUCACAGGACCCUAAAAGGCAGGUGCGACCAGACCCCCCAAAGAGACCUCCACCACCCUGUCCAGUCAACAGGCAGAAUGCGGAGCAACAUAACGUGAAAAGGCUCCAGCCAACAAAUAAGGUGAUUCUGCGAGGAAACGAGGCUUUGGCUCCAUCUGCUGGUCAGAAAACGGGAAAGGUUUAAGACGACGUCUCGCAAAAAAGUUUAGAGUAGAAGCUCAGGAAUGCACCGGGACCACCUCUUACAUCCAGAACUGGACUGCCUUGUACUUGUGUCUUUUAUUUUAAUCUGCUGUACUGUGUAUCAUGAUAAAUUCUUGAUGGUGUAUUUCAGCUUAUGCGCACUGAGGUAUUACCAAAUAGGUUUUUUUUGUCUGAGAUUUAGGCCUCACCAUUAGUUUGCAAACUCCCAUGUCAGCGUUAUCCACAUGAAACCACCAGAACUGUGAAUUUUAUUCUUUUUUUUUUUUACUCGACUGUGCUUGAUUUGAAUGGAACGUUUUUGAGCUAUUUAUGCGAGAAAAUAAUGUUUACAGUUCAGCCUUUGUACCAAACAUGGUACUCCUGAGAGCAUCAUCAGCUAUGAAUGUCUUAUAUUAAGAAUACGUGCAACAAAUGGCAUUAUGACCUUCCUACAUGGGAAUGAUAUCAAGAAAUUAAUGGCUUUCAGCUGGUGUCAUGGUAACCAUAGAAAAUAUUACAAGCAUGCAGAUGUACAUGUGUGUCAAACAAUCACAACUUGAAGCCAUUAAAGGCCGUUUCAGAAUAAUAUUAAUUACAUUAAAGAUGUCACCUAUGAGACCUGAGUCAAGUGUUAAAGUGUCACUUGAGGUUACCCAUUUCAUCCCAACUGCUAUUUUUUUUCCCAGUACUUAUUUUUUUCUGAUGAUUUACAUUAGUAGCUAAACUGAGCCAUACUUUUAAACAAAGUGUAUGCAUGGGGUCUAAAAAACACACAAAUGAUUGUAACGAUUUCAUGUGAUUGUGAAAAUGCUCAAGUAAAACAACCGAAAUAUAUGUUGUGAAACUGCAGGUUGGGUCACUAUGACAAAUUUAUGCGUCAUUCGUCCAUCAAUUUCACAAUAUUGUGGUAAUAUUGUAAUUCCAUUGAAAUCACUCUGUCAGAUGGCAUGUUUUACCUUUUUUCACCUGACCUAUGCAAAUAGAUCCAACCAUGCAUCUGAAACUGGAAGUCAAAUAAAAACCUGUACAAAAGUUGUUUUUUUUGUGACAGUCUAUAAAAUUCUUAAUUUUUGCGGUUUGUUAACAUAUAAUUGUCAUUAGUAAUUGUAAAGUCCCUAUUAUGGUAACACUGAAACGGUUCCAUGUUGCAAUGCACAUUUAAUAAAGGUGAUCCAAAGCCAA